GAUUUACUGCCAGUCGGUUCAUUCUUUGAGUAUCUCUCGCGCAACACGUGUUUUGAUAGUGACGCUAGUAUCGGUUCCAUCGUGUUACGACUCGUUUGUUCUUUAACAAGAUAAAAUUUAAAUGAUCUAAUAUAUUUUUCUUGUCUUGUCAGAAAAAUAAAUUAGUGGAAUCGUGGUCAUUUCAAUUCUUUGGCUGUAAUUAUAACCUCUAUGUUUGAUAACUUACUGAAGAUUUUAUUUUUUCAAUAACAAAAGUUAAAAAAAUUGCCUUAUUCACUAGAGAAUUUCUCUUCAUUGAGAUGAACUUGAGAUACAUAUGUCUCAUCAGUUACAAUUAAUGAUAUCUGAACUGUUAUCUUGUCGCGACUUGAUGACAUCUGAAUUUCUCGACUGUUUUGCGUGUAGUGUGUUGUGGGUUGCCAGCGAAUGGAUUAUUUCCUUUUUAUUCGCGUUCUUCUGUAGGAAUCGUGAAGAAAGGAUCGAUAUUAACUCCGUAAACAUGAGAUUACUUACAUUUUGGAAGAAACGAUCGGAUCGGAAAAAAGCUGGAAUUCGAGGCGACAGCUCACGAUGCAUCGAGUUUGAAAGGUCGCGACAAAAGAUUCGGGAGGGUGUACGGAAUCGAAUUUACUCGAGGACCAUAAUACUCCCUGUAAUCGCGCGCCACUCUUCGAAAGAAAUCGCGAUCCUUCGAAACUCGACGGAAGACAUGUCUCAAGUUCCUCUUAUCGCCGCUGAAGAAACUUCAACAACGGAAUCCCCAACUUGUAAUAUGGUGGUUCUCGAGGCAGGUCUACCUGGAGACACGUGGAGAUAUUGCGUAGAAAGGGAACGACUAGCUGAAAGAUCAGAAUGGUUUCGCGCGAUGCUCGUUGGUCCUCUCGCACCUGCACCCAGCGAUCCUCCGCCUCUUUUAAAACUUCAACACGUGGAAAAAAGAGCCUUCGAUUAUCUGCUCAGAUAUCUUCUCGACGAGCCGAUCAAUUUUCAAUCUGUAUCCACUGCUAGGGCAACCCUUGAUGCAGCUCAUCAAUAUCUUUGUCCAGAAUUGGCACGACUUGCUGUUCAAUAUCUCGAAAGAAAUCUGAACUCGAAUACUGUGCUCGAAAUCUAUCAAGGCCUUAGUCUUUAUGCGAACCACAUAACCUCUGGUUUCAAUCGAUCAUCGAAUUUACCCACAGCUCCUCCAGCACCUGGAGACGAUGCUGGUGAAAUAGCCGCAGUCUGUACGCGACUUCUGACCGCUUGUUUGAACGUGAUCGACUCGGAACCAGAGGCGGUGUUCGACCAGGAACACUUUGAGGAAUUGAACUGCGCCGAAGUCGAGGAAUUGGCAUGUCGUGACAGCCUGAGAUUGGCCAACGAAUCUACGCUGUUUCACGCUUUGGACAGGUGGGCAGCGUCUGAGUGCAGAAGAAACGGUGUCGAGCCAUCGGCUAGCAAUAAAAGAUCCGCUUUAUCCGAUGAUGUAUGGUACAGCGUUCGAUAUCCUCUUAUGACUGACAGAGAAUUCAUCGAAGGCCCUAUGGCAAGUGGAAUUCUCUCGAGCGAGGAGUCGGCUUAUAUCGUGGCUAGAAUUUUGGGACAUACGAGAAAUGAUGAGAGUGAAGAGCUUAGAAAUUCGAUCGGUGGACCAUUACCCAGGUUAACCAGCACACCAAGAAUCGGUGUUAGGACGUACGAGGAUCAAAGCUGCAGGAUGUCAAAACCAGGAAAGAAAGAAUGUCAAGACAAUCGAAAAAAUAGAAGAAAGGAAUGCGCAACUCAAGGCCAGAGAACUUGCGCGAGAAUUGGUAAUUGUCUCGUACGAGUUCUCGCAUGUAUUUUCGAUUGAAUGACAAAGAAAACCAAGAUAAAGAGGAAUCGAUGAAAUCGGCAGAUUCUUAAAUCUCCCACCGAAAAUUAAAUUUCUUUUUUACCGAGUCUUUUGUAAUGCAUUAUGAUGUAAAACAUUAUGAUUUUUUUGACUCACUAAUUUAGAUACUAAGAAUAAUGAUUCUGCGUUGAAUCGAUAUCAAGAAUCAUUUGCUAUCGUAU